AUGUUCUCCAGAGUGUUUGUACGUGCGGCUUCUAACGCUGCCAAGGCCGGUGUCAAGCCGCCAGUCAAGUUGUUCGGUGUGGAAGGCACCUAUGCCAGUGCUUUGUUCACUGCGGCCUCUAAGGAGACCAGCGUCGAGUCUGCGUCUUCCUCAUUAGUUAAGUUGUCCUCUUUGAUCAAAGAGGACGCCAAAUUGAAGCACAUCAUGGAAAACCCAGCUUUGUCCACCAAGGACAGAGCCGUUGUGGUGGAUUCCCUAGUGAAGAGCUCCGCAAACUUGGACAAGCCAGUCGUGAACUUGUUGAAGGUUCUAGCCGAGAACAACAAGCUGGGCCUGUUCGACAAGAUAUCAUCCCAAUUCUCCAUCUUGAAUGACGCCCACAACGGAUUGAUCAGGGGCUCCGUCACCACAGCACAGCCUUUGGACAGCAAGAACUUCAAGAGAUUGGAAAAAGCAUUACAACAGAGCUCUCUAGUUGGCCAACAGAAGACCCUGAAGUUGGAUAACGUUGUCAAGCCUGACAUCAAAGGUGGUUUGAUAGUGGAAGUUGGCGACCAAACCAUUGACCUAAGUGUCUCUUCAAAGAUCCAAAAACUAAACAAGGUGUUAGAAGAAACUAUUUGA